AUGGCUCGAUUUCUGCAGAGGGAAGGCGCGCUUAAAUUCUUUUUCAACGCGCUUAAAUUCUUUUUCGCACUAGUCCCGUGCCUAGGCGAGCCGACGCCGCUGCAGCGCGCCGCGGGCGGUGAGGGCGAGGCGGCGGCGCUGAUCCGGCGGGCGGCGGCGCCGUGGUCGCCGGCAAGCCACUCGCUCUUCCCCGCGCCGGCGCGCGAGUGCGCGGUAAUGGUCAUGCGCAUCGGCUACCAGAUCGCGUUCUCUCCGCCCGACGACGCCGAGGCGCGCCCGGACCGGAGCGCGCUGUCCGACGUGUGGCGCGAGCACGUGCUGCCGCACGCGGUGGCGCGCUGA